AAUCUGGCCGUGAUCGGCAGCGACGGAGAUGCUACGGCCGGGACGUAUUUGGAAGAAAAGGAAGGAACACCGACCGGCUUGGCGAUGUGUGUGGUGCACCACCUGCUCAAAGCCGGGUCCCACCGAGCAGCUAUCGAAGCGAUCGAAUGGGCCGCCCAGGAGAUGCGGAAUGCGCGGAAUACGUUGCGGGGGACGCCGGAUUACUACCGCUGUGUCUGCAAUAGCGGCGCGGGCUACAGGAUCCAAACCGCCCCUACGGCCGCGGACGUCGAGUGGUGCAGCGACUUCUACUGUGCUGAUGAUGAACCCGCGCGCAUCGAGGCGUGCUACAACGAGGGGGAGUGAUUCCAACACAAUGGUCGCAGCUCGUGAGCUGCUGUUGACGGUUAGUCGACGAGUAAACACGACUCCACCUCUCCAGCAUCUUCAUCUUCUGGAGGCGCAGUUGUUGCGAGAUGAAGUCGGUGUCAGAGCUGGGGGGAACGAAAAGUCUCAACUUCGAACAACAAGCUGUAGCUUGAGUAUUUCUACUUGA